CGAUCUUUGCGACUCUGCAUCUGUCUCAGGACCUUUUGUCGACGAACCAGGUCUGGCAGGAAGGACCGAUGAGCGGAGCCAACCCCGGCCGUCAUGCCCUAGGAGGAGAGAACGUCAAGUCAAUGGCGACAAUCAAUUUCGUCUCAGGGGAGGCCGGAGGGACUGGAAGUACGGAUUCAGGACUCGGAACAAGAAACACUCAUGGGGUUCUGAACGCCGUCAGUUGGGGAACCCUGAUGCCUUUGGGAGCUAUGAUGGCUAGGUACCUGAAGGUGUUCAAGGCUGCCGAUCCGGCAUGGUUUUAUUUGCAUGUCGCCACCCAAACUUCAGCCUAUAUUGUUGGAGUUGCCGGAUUUGCUACCGGAAUUAAGCUCGGCAGUGAAUCCUCCGGGAUCACUUGGAGUGACCACCGCAACAUCGGCAUAGUCCUCUUUAUCUUUGGAACCCUUCAGGUAAACCAUUUGGAAUGUAUUAUUGGAAUAAAGAUAAUUGGGUCAGGCACCCUCCUCUCCCUUUUUUAUUUUUUCUUUUCUUUUUAAGUUUACAUAUAUCUGAAAGGCAACCAUCUUUAUUUUCUUAAUCAAUCCCAUCUACUAAUUUCUUAAUCAAUCACAUCUUCAUGCGAAUGAAUUCAAUACCUUUCCUUAUUUAUAUUGGAAAGAGAUUAUACUGAACCAAUUAAAUUCGAUAACAAUCGUGCCCCAGAUGUUUUUAACGCCUAUGGAGCCUUUACAGAGGGGCUUGGGUCCACGGAUAUUGGCUUCUUUUUGUUCCUUCACUUUACCGCUUCAUUUUAGCUUAUUAGAGGCUGUGUCUUGGUGCAGGUGUUUGCUUUGCUUUUGAGACCAAAGAAGGAUCACAAAUACAGACUUUACUGGAAUAUUUACCACCAUUCAAUUGGCUACAGCACCAUCAUCCUUAGCAUCAUCAACGUCUUUAAGGGUCUCGACAUCCUCGACCCCGCCGAGAAAUGGAAGAAAAUCUACAUUGGUAUCCUCAUCUUCUUGGGCUUCAAUGCCGCCAUGUUGGAAGCCUUCACUUGGUACAUAGUCAUCAAGAGGAAGAGGGCAGCCGCCCACGACAAGCACUCACACGGUGUGAAUGGAACCAAUGGGGUCAAUGGAUAUGGUGCCAGGACACACCCGAAUGUGUAGUUCGGCCUUGUGCUACUCUUUUCUUAGGUGCUUUGUUUAAAUUAUUAUAUUUUUUGGUCGUGUAUUACACCAUAAAUGAGGGAGCUUUGCUCAUCCAUAUGUUGUGUUGUAUUUGUAGUUUAGUUUUGAAAGCAGAGUGUUGUUGUAGGAGGAUUACACUCUGUAGUUUUGGUUAUAUGUAGAUAGAUCCUAUUCCAUUUAUUUUACUUGGCAUCGAUUUCUUUUU